UUGGCAGCUUUGGCACCAGUUUGUCAGUGUAGCAAGCUGUGACUGGCACCAUGGCGAGGGUCUUUCGUUCGCCGCGAUUUCAAUACGUGGCGCAAGAGAGGCUACAUGCGACGCCACUGGUACGGAACAUAUCGCUGUCAACUCCAGUGGGUGAAGAUGAUGAAGGGUAUGGUGCUGUUGCCCGGGCACCUCGGAGUCAAGGACCUAGCAGCAUUGGCACCCUCAUCAACGGCGGAUUGUGCGUGUGGUUCAUCCUUUGCCUUUGCCUUUGCCUUUGCCUCAUUUAUGCAGUUCAUGUUGGUUAUAACGUUGCCGUGUCUGACCAAGUCCUUGAGCACGACCCCUCCUGCAAUAUCGACGGAUACAAGAAAGUAGAACGGGACUUGAAAAAGUUGGGUAAAAGUGCAGAGGGCAUUAAGGCUUACUUUGAUGAUGACCGCUGGUAUUGUGGAAAGGAUGAAAAAACAUUGGAUUCUCACAACUACCGGAGCUGUGUGCGAGAUUGCAUUGAGGAAGCACUCCAAUCCAAGUUCGACAAAGGUCUGGGCGAUGCGAAAGUGAAGCAACGAUUGACACAUUGCGUGAAGAGGUGCAACGAAAAGUUCAGUCAACCGAGCGCAUCGAAUGAUUCGAAUGCGACAAACUUCACCGGAACUUCAAUUUGAGAAGGCAAAUGAGACAGAAGGAUUGUGAGCAUGGCGAGUCGUUCAGGAACCCCGCACUCAGGGUACAAAUCUUUGAGGUGUGGAAUGGCAGCUGGAGC